AUGGGAUCUGUGGGGGGUUUUCAUGUCAAUUAUGGGAACAAUCUCUCUUCAUUAUGGUAUGGAGAAGCCGAUGUUUUCAUGGGGAUUCCAUUUGCUGAGCCUCCUGUUGGGGAAAAACGAUUUCAAAUGCCAGUGCCAAUAAUGGAAUAUCCGAAUCGACGCGUGAAUGCAACAAAAUUUAAAGCUGCCUGUGUUCAACCAGAUAUGUCGGCUUGUUCUGUGCAAAGUGAGGAUUGUCUUUAUCUCAAUGUCAUCACUCCAAAUGCAAACGCAGUACACAAAUACCCGGGUAUUGUGCGAAAUCUUGUCUCCCGUGGAGUGGUUGUUGUGACAAUUCAAUAUCGCCUAAAUAUCCCCGGUUUUUUCACGACAAGCACCGAUGAGUUCCCGGCAAAUCGGGGAAUGCUCGAUCAAGUCGAAGCUCUGAGAUGGGUUCAAAAUAACAUUGAUUAUUUUGGCGGAAAUCCGUAUUCGGUGACGAUCUUUGGCCAAUCGGCUGGCAGUAUUUCCGUCUCCGCGCACACUUAUUCACCACUGAGUCAAGGUUUAUUUCAGCAGGGAAUCAUGGAAUCGGGUGCUCUUUUCACUUCAUUGGAGGGAUCACUUGGAACACUCAAUAUGAGUCAAGAUAGAGCGUUUCAACUUUGCAAUUUCACCGAUCAACAAUGGAACAACGGGGAUUUCGCCGAUUUGAAAAGCUGCAUGGAGAAAACUGAGCCGAGUGCUUGGGUCAAUAUGGAUAAGGGAACUUUAUUCGGUUGGCGACUUUUGUUGGAUAAAUGUUAUUUGCCGGAUACACCCGAAAAACUGAACAAAAAGAGGCCAAUGAUUCCGAUGAUUAUUGGGAAUAUGAGAGAUGAAUUCGCGAGUACAUGGUAUUACCAAAUGAGUGAAGAGGGGAUUCCAUUCGAAUAUUUCUCCGCAAAUUUCGUUAAAUUGGUUUUUGAUGCAUGGGGAACAAUUUAUGGCGAUAGAAUUGAUGAUGUUUGGAAUAUCGUGAAGAAGAGUUACGUGGCAAAAGGGACAAAUGAUAGCGAUGCGGCUGCAUGGUGGAUAGACAGUUGUACGUUUUUCACGGCUGCCUCUUUUGCUCAAUUCGCCGUCCAAGAUGCGAUAAUGUACAGUGCAGCGGGGAAUAAAGAGAUCUAUCUUUAUGAGCAAACGUAUGGCUCGAGAAUCUCACAUUCAGAACAAGCCGAUGAAGUGACCAAGAAAUUGGGAGGAUAUAGACCAGUUCCCCAUUCGACAGAACUUCCCUAUGUUUUUAUGUACGAUGGUGUCUGGGAGUCGGCCAUUUCACAAAAUCGAACACAACCAUUCGAUUUCGAAUUAGCCGAUUGGUAUGGGAAAAUGUGGACGAAUUUUGCGCAGUAUGGUCGACCAACUCUGACUGAAGAAUGGAAAUCGGUGGAAUCCCCGUCGAAUCUUUGGCAUUUCAACAUUGAGAAUCCAGAAAUGAAUGGAAUGAAAAUGUUGAAAGGAUAUCGAGAUAUCGAUCUGAUCGUUUUCACUAAUGCAAUCUCGAAAUUGAUCGAAACUUCUCCUCCAACAUUUGAUCGAGAAAAAUUGCAAAAAGCAAAGGAAUCCUUGAUGAGAUUAAAGGUU